AUGGCUAUUGCCCUCAGCGUCACUCUCGUUCAAAUGGCGUCAGCAAACAAGGGCAGCCUUUUUCCGGAUGCGAUGCUUAUUCUACUUCUCUUUCUGAAAUUUUUACGGUUAUCAGAUCAAUCGGAGGACUUCGAUAACGCUAAAAUUCUUGGUAAAAUUAUGAGGAAAAUGUAUAAUCCAGCAUGCAUACAAGAUUACUCCGCUAACAUACAAAGGAAUGCAACGUUCAAGGCUAAUUUACGGAAUUGUAUGGAUAUUUUAUUUUUAAAUAAUGGAUCACGUGUCUUUUCCGGGCAUAUUGAAAUUGGAUUUCAUCCGCUUGUUAUUACUAGUAAUGAUCGACUAUAUUCUGUGAAAUGCAUCGACAACUCAUAUGCCAUAGCACACCAAGCUGCAAAAAAUCAAGACAAGUAUUGCUCGCAUACAAUACGACUGGCAUCACGAUGGGAGAGCAGUACCGUAUUUCAUGUGGGAGACGCCGUCGUCCAUGAAUGGAACUGCAAUUUUCCAGUCAAAGAGGGUCAAAAGUACCAAACGUUCUUGACCAGCUGCAAUGCUAUUUCCAGCUCUGGGCAGAUUAUACACCUAGUGGACGAAAAUGGGUGUAUUGUGGACUCUGAGCUCAUCGGUGAAGUGGUUUACAAUAGUUUCAUGCCGAAAGUGUAUCGGAUAGAAUGCCUCCUACAGAUGUGUACCACGGAAGGAAUAUGUAAAGAUCGUGUUUUUCCUCCCAAGUGCGCAUUUACAAAAGAAGAGAUACUUAAUCGAUAUGCAAGUAAAACGAAAGUUGACGCUCUCGAAGAUACCUUCAUGACAGGAACAAUCAAUAAUCGUUAUGAACUUCAAGUGAAGGUGGUCAGUGAAUGGAUUACUGUACACAAUAAUCAGUACACAAAUAUAGAACAGUUACAAGAAAGAUUCUAUCUGACCGCUGUAAUCAAUGAAGAGAUGGAAGAGCCGAAAGUGCAGACAACACCUCGCCAUUUCCUGAUGGGAAUAUCUUAUAGAAGUCCGAACAAUACCGAUCCUCCACGAAAUGAGUCCGAGGACAACGACAAUUCAACCUCCGCUCUAAUAGAACCUUCAGGCGCUUUCGUAAUACAGAAUCCAACCAUUAGCUCUGGAGAAGUAGACAACAUAGAAGUGACCACUACAACGGCUGAGCCUUCUGAUCCCAGUGUUUCUGUGACGGAGACUUCUGAGACAGCAUCUGAGACAACACUGUCUAGAGAAUUUCAGAGCGAAUCAGUGGCAUCAAAUGGGCUUUUGGAAACUUCACCUACGUCUCGGACAUCUUCAGCGGUGACUUCCAGCAGAAAAAUCCCAAAACCUAAAACAACAUUGUUGCUGCACACUUCUUCCUCGACAAGAACAUCAACGGAUUCAUCGACAAGGAGUACUUCAGCACUAGAGUCUUAUUUCUCUCGAAAGAAAGCUAUGAACACGACGAGAGCAAGGACGACGACAAACUUCAGCAGCAGUACAACAGCGUCCCCUAUCGCCACGGAAAGUACCAGUGCGCCUUCUACACAGAACGCGUCACCCACUCGUGAGAAACCGGCAACAUUACUUUUCUAUACAAACAGGUCGUCCACGUGA